AUGCAGGUCUUCUAUGUCAUGGACGAGCAGGGAGAGCCUGUAAAGGCCGUCCCAUGCUUCUUUGGCUACCCCGGGGACUUCAUUGAGCAAUGCCGAGCCACCGCGACGCUGCAAACAGGCACCAAGCGACCCUGCUGCACAUGCUACAUACCGGACAUUCUCCUUCCGGACCUGGUGCAUAGGGCCACUACCAGGACAGUGGACUCUGAGAUGCAUGUUCUGCGCAACAUGCUUGCAUGCAAGACUGUCAAGGAAGCAGAGGCGAUUCAGACCGAGUGGUCAUUUCAUCCUGUGGAGUGCGUAUUAUCACGAUGGAACUUCUCCGACACAUCAUGGGGGAACCUGUUUGGUGCAUGCGUGGAGGACAUUAUGCACGUGCUGGAUUCGGGGCUGGCGCUAUACAUGCUGGAGAGCCACAUCACGACUCUAACGGAGGGUGACGCUGCGAUGGCCACCUACCGCAGUGCGCUGGGCGACCUCAUGGACGCGCUGCAAGGCAGCAUGGUGGCGGCCCAGAUCACGGCAUCGGAGAUCGUGGCGCAUACAGAGGUGGCGAUCCCACACAAGGAGGACUGGUACGCCAAGGUGCUAUGUAUAUUCAAGGUCGCCACCGCCACUGGUGAGCAGAAGGCUUUUCUGUACGUGCAGUACUAUGAAGAGGCGGGGCAAUGCCCUCUCACCACUUGCUUGCAGCUCACCCCGUCCCGCAAAGAUACAAGGUAUGCCGUGGUUGCAGUGGAGAGCAUCCUGCGUGUGGUGCACAUCUGCCGCUCGUACAGCAACCCAGGGGUGUUGCUUCUUAAAAAAAUUCUGCUGUGCGAGUAA